CUCAACCCUCGAUCGCCUCGGUUGAUUCAUGUCUCACCGCCCGUUCGUGUUGGUGCUCUGUACCCGGCUUUCACCAUUAUUCCCCUUCGUUGUGUAUUUUUCUCAGGCUUCGCCUUCGUCGAUCAGGUCGUCUGUCGUCUUGACGUCCACUUUUUCUACGGCUUUCUUCAACUGAUUUGGUUAAGCUGCUGUUUAUAUGGAUAAUAAAAUAUGAUGGACAAUAAUAGUACUGAAACUGUAAGUCCAAGAGUGAUGGAACUGUGUACUGGAGAAAAGACUGGAGAAGACAGUUGCGGAUUCCAAAUUACAAAUUUUUCCCAUGUAUCUGACGAUGUUACCCUUCAUUUUCAAAUUAUUCGACUUCACAAACAGAUUUAUGCAUGGGUUGGUUGCAACUCCUUAAAGCUUGGACAUAUAUAUGCAGCAGCACCUACACGAGUAAAUGAUGCUGUUGGCGUAGCUUCUUUAAUUGGUGGGGCUUCUGAUAAUGUAGGAUCUGGUAUCGCACGACGGGCAGUUCUGAAGACUGGCCUCAACGUUAUAUUUGCUUGUAAUAUACCACAAAAGAGCCCCAUGCUUGAGGCAAAUGCUGAGAAAAUUCUAGUGCAAAAGCUCUUCGCUUUGGGAUACGCCAAACCAAAAGUCUAAUUGGCACCAGUGCCGGAUGCAUUUUUACAUUUACAUUUACAUUUACAGUGAGUUGUAUUGUUGCCACAAUUUGUUCUGAGCCUAACAAUUUUUACUUUUGUUAUUAGUUUUCUGUACCCACCCUACCAAACAUAACUUAUACAUUUUAAUAGUGGUUGGAUUGUUACGCCCUGUUCUGAUUGAAUGUCAUCUUACAUUCAAUUUCA